AUGACGCAUCUUCAUCCAAAUAUUUUCCUAAAUCUCAAUGGCAACCAAUUAGAAGGCUAUUUUCCUAAAUCUUUGUCCCACUGCACAAACCUGCAAGUUUUAAAUCUUCGCGACAACAAAUUAGUAGACAAGUUUCCUGACUGGCUUCAAACUCUUCAAUAUUUGAAAGUGCUGGUUUUGCGAGACAAUAAGUUGCACGGUCCCAUUGACAAUAAGUGCUGGAUUCAAACUCUUCAGUUUCCCAGUUUAAUUAUUUUUGAUAUUUCGGGCAAUAACUUUAGUGGUCCGCUACCAAAAGCCUAUUUAAAAUGUUUUGAAGCCAUGAAGAAAGUUUCUCAAGUUAAGGAUGAUGGAAGUUUGACAUAUAUGGAAACAUCAUUGGGUUAUGAUGUUGACAGUGCUAAAGGUAACGCGAGUUACUAUGAUUCUUUGAGUGUGACAACAAAAGGGAUCAAAAUGACACUAGUGAAAAUUCCAACAAUGUUUGUAAGUAUUGAUUUGUCAAGAAACAAAUUUGAAGGAGAGAUUAUAGAUGUUAUUGGAGAGCUUGAUGCACUCAAAGGACUUAACCUUUCUCAUAACAGACUCACUGGUCAUAUUCCGCAAUCCAUAGGAAAAUUGACAAACUUAGAAUCGUUAGAUCUCUCAUCAAAUAUGCGCAGUGUGGUUCCUGCAGAGUUAACCAAUCUGAUCAGUCUUGAAGUCAUAAAUUUUUCCAAUAACGAUCUUGUUGUAGAAAUACCUCAAGGACAACAGUUCGAUACAUUUUCAAAUGAUUCAUAUGAAGGAAACCUGGGGUUAUGUGGAUUUCCCUUGUCAAAGAAAUGUGGACCUGAAGAACCUUCUCCACCUUCAGCCAACAAGUUUUGGAGUGAAGAGAAAUUUGGAUUUGGAUGGAAACCAGUGGCUAUUGGAUAUGGAUGUGGAUUUGUGAUUGGAAUAGCCAUCGGAUAUUUUGUGUUGUUAAUCGGAAAGCCUAGAUGGCUUGUGAUGAUGUUUGGAGGUCAGCCUAAGCAAAGAGUGACAAGGAAGACAAGAGUGAGGAGAAGAACUCAUGGUUCAACCAGGAAUUAGAUGAUGCAAAUGUGGUAGUUUCAUUGUUGUGAAUACUUUGUCUUCUUUGUUAGUUUUACUAAUUGUAAAGAACAAAAAUCA